AUGCCGCCGCGUCGCGUCAAGAUCAAGGGCCUCCCCGCGUCGCGCCCCUCCGCCUUAAGUCCGCUCCCUCGCUCCGCCUCUCUCACCGCCGCCUCCUCUCCUGUAGUCUCCGCGUUUCUCGGCGCGCUCUGUCGCUACCAUCGCCUACUGCUCGUGCUCCUCCUGCUCGCACUCUCCAACAUCGCAGGCUACUACUACCCGGUGCUCUGGUCGCCCGCCCGCCGUGCGACGCUGCUGGCGACCCGUGCGACGCUGCUGUCACACUGGUGGGCGAACGCGUCGCAUCCGUCGCAGGCGUCACUUCAAUCUCUGCACUCUCUGCAGGCGCUGCCGUCGCUAGGCAAGGAAGAGGGCUACGAGUUGAGGAGAAUCAUCGCCAGCGACGAGGCGCUUGGGGAAGCGGGGAGGACAGGGGGAAGGGCAGGGGGAAGGGGAGGGGUAGGGGGAAGGGGAGGGGGAAGAGGAGGGGGAGGGGAAGGGGGAGGGGAGAGGGGAAGGGGAGAGGGAGGGGAAGGGGGAGGGGGAAGAGGAGGGGGAACGCGGUUUAUACGAGCGAAGGAUUCACAGCAUGUGAGAGACAUCCCCGUUACUGUGUAUAAGAAGGGGUCUCGCAUAGGGAAGAAAGAUACAGCGGGAGGUGAAGCAGCAAGGAGCCCAUUGCAACGGCAAGGGGAGGGAGAGGAAGGGAUACAGGGAAAUGAAGGGCAAGGAGGAGAGAAACUGGGAGGUCUAGAGACGAAUAGAGGCGAAGGGAGGGGAGAAGGAGAGGGAGAGAGGGGAGGAGGUGGGUCGGGGGAGGGACGGACGGGGGAGGAGGGUGGGGGAAGGGCGGAUGAGGCUGUACACGUGGAGCAUUGGGAUUGGCAGAGAGAGUACCUGGAGGACGUGGCGAUCCGCGUGUCCCAAGAGAAGCUGUGCCGUGGGAUAUUCCCGAGGGGGGUUGCAGCAGAGGAGGAUGAUAAAAGGUACGCAGGGGAUUGUCUGGGGGGUUAUUGCAAGAAUACCGGGUGUCCCAAGAGAAGCUGUGCUGCGGGAUAUUGGCGUUGCAACAGAGGAGGAGGAGAAAAGGUACCCGAAGGGGGCUGUUUGGGGGGCUGUCUUGGUAGGGGGCUGUGCCGCGGGAUAUUCCCGAGGGGCGUUGCAGUGGGGGAGGAGGAUGACAAAAGUUACUGCCGCGCCUCUCACCAGGCGACCACCUGCGACCAUCACAAGCUGUUCCACCUCCUGCUGUCACCCUGUGCCACGUCUCUCUCCAGUUGUCCCUCCCCCUCCAACCCCCUUUUCUCCCCCACUCCCCCUGCUCCCAACCAACAGCCACCCCGUCUCCCGCGUGGCCCACCUCUCCCGCCCUACCCUCCGCGCCUGCCACAACCUGGGCAACAGCCUGCUGUGCCACGAAUCUCACCUGUUCUUGGCCCCCCCUCCCCACCCGUCUCUACCCGUACUCCCCCUCCCAACAGCACCCAGCCUAUUACCCGUCUGGCCCAUCUCUCCCGCCCCGCCCUCCGCUCGCUGGUCUUCCUGGCCCGCCACGGCCUCGGCAACUCCCUUCGUGCUCGGACGCCUCUCAGGGCUACAGCCAGUCACCCUGCACGGGGAGAAAGACUAGAAGGUGUAUCACCUCUUUCUGUGAGGCUGUGCCACGCCUCUCACCUGUUUGUUUUCCAUCCCCUCCCCCAACACACCAGCAGCCAGCCUAUUACCCGCCUGUCUCACCUCUCCCGCCCCUCUCUCCGCUCGCUGGUCUUCCUGGCUCGCCACGGCCUCGGCAACUCCCAGCGCGGCUUCGUGUCCGCCUUCGUGUUCGCCCGCCUGUCAGGGCGACGCCUGGUCACCCUGCACGCGGGGGAGCACCACAAGGUCCAGCCCAUCUCCCGCCUGGCCCACCUCUCCCGCCCCGCCCUCCGCUCUCUCGUCUUCCUCGCCCGUCAUGGCCUGGGCAAUAGUCUUCGCGGCUUCGUGUCGGCCUUCGUGUUCGCCCGCCUCUCAGGGCGACGCCUGGUCACCCUGCACGCGGGCGAGCACCACAAGGUGUAUGACCUGCUGUGCCACGCCUUUCACUGCGGGUUUGACGGGCCCAAGUACCUGAUGGAGAGCAUCAAGAGCAUCCCAGCAAUGAGGAAUGCCCUCGCCUCCACCCAUCCCAUCCUCGGGGCUCGCACUGGUUCUCACUUUGACCUCUUCUGGCACCGCAACGACACUCUCAAGAGCUGCGUCUAUGCUGCCUUCAAGUGCAGAACGCCCCCCCGCCCCCCGUUCUCACAGUUCUCUAUGGUGCGUUCAUUCCCGGGCCAUGUUCGCAUUCAUCGGCCAAAGAGGACCUUCCAAGAAGCUUCUCACCACCAUCUCCGCCAUCCUCCACAGAUCCACCCCUCUUAA